UUCGCAGCCGGGCAGAGAGGAGCGGCGGCAACCCCGGGGCAGGGACCGGGACGGCGGAGGAUGGGUUGCAUGAAGUCAAAGGAAGCUGGCGUCGAAGAGAAGAUGAUAAAACCCAAUCCUGGCCUCAGCUGCCAGCAGGGCCACUAUGUGAGAGACCCCACAGCCAACAGGAAGAACAGCAAUGCCCCUGGUGUGGCCAUGCUCCCGCCCGAGGAUGGUGCAGGGGACAAUGUGGUGGUGGCACUCUACGACUAUGAGGCGAUGCACACUGGGGACCUGAGCUUCCAGAAAGGGGAGCGGCUGAAGGUGCUGGAGGAGUCGGGGGAGUGGUGGCAAGCCCGGUCACUGGCAACAGGGCACGAAGGCUUCAUCCCCAGCAACUACGUCGCCCAAGCUGACUCGCUGGAGACAGAGGAGUGGUUUUUCAAGGGCAUCAGCCGUAAGGAUGCGGAGCGGCAGCUCCUUGGCCCUGGAAACAUAAUUGGGUCCUUCAUGAUACGGGACAGCGAGACGACGAAAGGCUGCUACUCGCUGUCAGUGCGGGACAGGGACGACCUGCAUGGUGGCACUGUGAAGCAUUACAAGAUCCGGAUGCUGGAUAACGGCGGCUUCUACAUCUCCCCGCGCAGCAGCUUUGAAACGCUGCAGGAGCUGGUCCAGCACUACAAGGGGCAAAGUGAUGGGCUGUGCCAGAAGCUCACCUACCCCUGCCACGUGCCUAAACCACAGAAGCCCUGGGAGAAAGAUGCCUGGGAGAUUCCUCGGGAGUCACUGAGGCUGGAGAAGAAGCUGGGAGCCGGGCAGUUUGGAGAAGUGUGGAUGGCUACCUACAACAAGCACACCAAGGUGGCAGUGAAGACAAUGAAGCCUGGCAGCAUGUCCGUGGAUGCCUUCCUGGAGGAGGCCAACCUGAUGAAGAUGCUGCAGCAUGACAAGCUGGUGAAGCUGCACGCGGUCGUCACCAAGGAGGAGCCCAUCUAUAUCAUCACAGAGUUCAUGGAGAAAGGGAGCUUACUGGAUUUCCUGAAGAGCAACGAGGGGAACAAGCAGCCACUCCCGAAGCUGAUUGACUUCUCUGCGCAGAUUGCAGAAGGAAUGGCUUAUAUUGAGAAGAGGAACUACAUCCACAGAGACCUGAGAGCUGCCAACAUUCUGGUGUCGGCAAUGCUGGUGUGCAAGAUUGCAGACUUCGGACUGGCCAGAGUCAUUGAAGACAACGAGUACACAGCCCGGGAAGGUGCCAAGUUUCCUAUUAAAUGGACCGCACCAGAAGCCAUCAACUACGGAUCCUUCACAAUAAAAUCAGAUGUCUGGUCCUUUGGGAUUCUCCUGAUGGAGAUCAUUACCUACGGCCGCAUGCCGUACCCAGGGAUGUCGAGUGUGGAGGUGAUCAGAGCACUGGAGCGUGGGUACCGGAUGCCUCGCACAGAGAACUGCCCGGAGGAGUUGUAUGACAUCAUGAUGAGAUGCUGGAAGACGCGACCUGAGGAUCGUCCUACCUUCGAGUACACGCAGAGCAUUCUGGAGGAUUUUUUUACUGCGACAGAGGGCCAGUACCAGCACCAGCCAUAGUGCAGGAAGCUUGGUGCAGACAGCGGAUACCCUGCACCACAUCCACUGUGUUAGCGGCAGCAAGCACACACGCCCCGCUCUCCCUGUCCCACUCGUGAUCCACCUGUGCAUGCCUUCCUCUGCCAGCCUGGCCCAGCAGCCAGAGCCUUCCCAGUGUGGCUGGGCAGGAGGGAGUCACGCUCAGGCCAGGGCUGCCAGAUGGAGGAGAAGCAACGCAGGGCUGUACCUUGUGCCUUUCAUCCAUGCCUGAGUACCUGCGAUGUGGCCGGACAGUGGUGGUGCCGGCAACACCACACAAGGAGGGAUGGGGCCAGGCCCCUUCCAGCUUCAAAUUACAAACUUUGGAUUAUUAUUUUUAAAUCAAUGCCAUUGUACUGUUUUGCAGAAGUAGGAGCUUCAGCUGCAAUGGCCUUGGUGAAACACCAUUAUGCUCCGAGCAUGUGGUGCAGUGCCCAUGUCCCUUGGUCCCUGCGUACUGGGGAAUUCCCACUGGGUUCCCACCCGGGCAUGCUGUGCUCCAGCACAUUGGCCCAUCCUUAACACAGGAUCCUGGGAUCUCCUCGCCCUUCAGGGUUUCCUUCUUGAGUAUUUUCGGCGCUUUCCAUGGUGCAAUGUUGCCAAGGCAGUGCCAGCGCAGUGGGCAGUGUGUGACGCAGGCAAUGGAUGGAUGGCAACGGUGCUUUCCUAGGCAGCCCCUGCAUGGAACCCGGCCUCAGGAGGAACCUCCGGAGCCAGGGGCAGCCCCAUGCUGCCCCAGCCCAGGGAGCCCUCUGCCUCCCUGGCUGCUCCACUCACAGGCAUCAUCCAGCGAGCCCGUUCAUUGGCCCCAUUCAGUGGCUGCUCAUCAUCAGCGUGUAACGAUGGGUUCUUUGGGGACAAGGAGGAAGCAAUAUUGUGUUUAAGGUUGCCCAGCAUGCCUUGCGGCUCAGAGCCCGAGGUUGUGUUUGCCUUGCACGUAGAGGCAAUCGCUGCUUCCCAUGACCAAUAAAGAGUUUAUAUACGUCUCGCCUCCUGGACCGAGGAGGGGUCCCUGAACCGAGGGGAGGUUCCUGGACCAGGGAGGGGUCCCAGGACUGCGGGAGAGUCCCUGGACCAAGGAGGAAUCCCUGCCUGAGGGGGCGGGGUCAGGACCUACGGGGGGUGCCCGCACCAAACAUGGUGCCCACACCAAGCAUGGCGCCCGCGGCGUCGAGCCCACCCUCCGCGCCAAGGCCGCUGCCCUCAGCAGAGAUGGCGGUGGGGCCUC